AUGAGACUCUCACAGGUGAACAAGAUCCUCCUGGGCUCUUGCGUAGUAGUUGUACCCCUAUCCUUCUAUGGUGGCCUAGCGAUCAAAGAGAAAUUCCUAUCUAACGAGCUGGCCGCCGGCAAAGUCGGCGAUGGGAGACCAGCUCCUCACGAGCGAGCGAUGAGGGCGAGGAUUGUACAACUCGAACAAGAACGUAAAGAAUUAUUAAAAGAAGGCGAAGAUCUCGAUUCCAAAAUCCUAGCUAUGAAAAAACGAAUGGCUACGAGUACUGCUUGA